AUGAUUGACCAAAGUACAGACGAAGCAGCAAGAAAAGAACAUAUCAAACAGUUGAUGGAGGCAAAUAACUGGCGACCAGAGAGAGUUUACGGCAGUAUUACCGUUGCACAUUAUCACCCUAAUGUUCACGAAGCUUACGCUGUACUUGCGGGAUCAUCCCGUCUCUGUUUGGGACAGGAUGUGACUAUAGAGCAAACUACGAUUGAUAAUGAACGGGGUGACAAUUUCGUGGAAGUUAACCUAAACACCGGAGACGUGAUUGUCAUUCCAGCUGGUGUUGCUCACUGUUCAAAGACCUACUCCCCACAGUACCGUUAUUUGGCAUCAUAUCCAAAAGAAGGUGAGUAUUGGCGUCUGGUGCAAAAGACCCAUAUCGAUCGAGUAGAAAACUACGAUAAUCUGAAAGAUGUGGCUGUUUCUCAGAACGUUCUUAUGCCUAGUGCCGAUCCUGUCUUUGGACUAGAGAGCGGAGGGUUACUAGAUCUCUGGGACAGACUGGCAUGGAACCAUACGCAAAUUAGACUGGCAAAAUAG